AUGGCGGACGUGCCACUCAUCGUGGUGUCGGAUAAUUCCUCAGCUGAACGCCGCAUCACCCCAUCAUGGACAAUUAGCCAGCUCAAGACUAAACUUGAACCUAUCACGGGAGUGCCUCCCUCAUCGCAGCGCAUUUUCCUGAAGACAUCGACAAAUGAGAGGAUAGCCAUAGAGGCUCCGGACGAGGAGACUGGUCGUCUGACCGCGUUUCCUCUAUCUCCAUAUGCCGAAUUACACGUCACUGAUACCCGCCCGCCCGGUGCACGGCCUAACUACACAGAUACGUCUGGCGUUGAGAAGUAUGUGAUGCCGGCGGAGGAGUACGCCAAGAAAUCAGAUUCAGUUCUUGCCUGGAAGAAGGCACAGAAGCUGGGACGUUUCGAUCCCGACGCCCCGAACCAAGAAAAAGCUAAGAUAGCUGCGUUCGCGGAGGAAGUGGAGACCCGCGGUAUCGCUGUCGGGAAGCGGUGCAGGGUCGGGGGAAACGAUGCCCGGCGAGGUGAAGUCAAGUAUGUCGGCGAAGUCAAGGAGAUUCCGGGCGGGCUCGGUGCCUGGGUUGGUAUUCAGCUUGAUGAGCCGGUCGGCAAGAACGAUGGGAGCAUUGGAGAGGCCAGGUAUUGGGGCCAGCCGUCGGAACUCAAGCGCGGCGUCUUUGUCAGGCCGGAACGAGUCGAAAUCGGCGACUGGCCAGUCAUGGAUGACCUUGAGGACAUGGAGGAAAUCUAA